AUGGGACAAAAGUUAAGGGCUACAUUGAGUCAUCGUAAUCUCCGUCUCUAUCAGGGGGAAGGUACGAACGGAGAGCUACAAUUUUCAAUCUAUGUUAUAAUCUCACUGUACUAUCGGACAAGCUUGCCGCAUCCGCAGAUUUUUUUUCUAGUACAUAAUCAGUACUACUAUAUAAACGACAAAAAAAAGCUGACCACACUAACUCUAUCCACGAGGCUCCUGUGGAGAACGGCAUCAAGCACGCAACAACAGGUCGUUCAUCGUCUUCCCGCUCGUUGGCUCACGGUCACGAUCCCAUGUUUACCUUAA